AGCUGUUGGAUCGGUUGGAAAGUUCUUAUCGACAGGUGAAGAUAUUGAUUAUAAAAGUUGAAACCGGAACUACCGAAAGCAUUCAGUUCAUUCUCGGUGGUUCAACUGUUAAGAUCUAUUAGCUUAGGAUAAAAAAAUCGUUCUAGAAUAGUUAAAAGUAUCAAAAUGGAUAAACGAAUUUUGUUAGUGUUCUUAGUGCUGGCAGUUACUACAGCUAAUGCUGGCCAUAAAAGGCGUAUGCAAAUGAGACAGCAGCAGGAAGCUCAGGAAAUGCAGCCUCCGUACGGACUUGGAAGCGGAUAUCAGGGUGGAGCUCCUUUCGCGGCUGGAAGACAGUAUCGUCCUAUCAAUAUUUACUACUCCAGAACGGGUAGUCGAGGACCACCUCAAGCUCCUCAUCGUCCUCAUCAUCCGCAUUACCCGCCGCAAUUACCUCCCCAAUAUCCACCGCAAUAUCCACCGAGGAUUCCAUCACCACCAAUUGGUCUUCCACCGCAUGGAGCUCUGCCGUCUUAUCCAUCACCACUUGCCCUUCAAUUCGGACCAGGAGCCGGACACUAUGCUCCCAAUCAUGGAUUCUUCAUGUCUAUGCCACCCACUCAGUAUCUCCCAUAUCCAUUGAACAUCCUUAACCCAUACUUCCUGAACUACAUCCUGCCUAAGCUGCUGUACUCGUACAUGAGCAUGAUGAAUCCCUACGCACUGCGAUCAGUUGCCCCAGUGACUCCACCCAAAUACAGUUGGUCCACCUUCUCCCCAGCCGGCGAUGCCAUUCGCGUUGAUGAGGAAUGGAAAACUCACAUCAUCAAUCACGAUAACGAUCAUGAUCAAUAUGAAGCCGGCUCGUCGGAUGCGGCAUCAAAAACUAGUGCCCCAAAGGAGGUGACAGAAACUGAGGGUGAGAAAACUGAAGCCGCGAAGGCUGUUGCUGAAGAGCAGCCAAAGCAGAAACAGUAAAUAAUU